AUGGAACCAGACCUGGACGCGCUAUUAACUACGCCUAGCAACGACGCCGAAUUCGAGGUGCUGUGGACCCGGGUCAUGAGGACCGCACCAAGUCGACCGGAACUGUUCCCAGCACCACCGCAGCGACGGAUAAACCCGGCCGAGAUCACCACCGCCGAGAGCGCGAUAGGAGAGCAGCUCUCGACGACGCAGGAACCUCCGCCUGCCAGCUCGACCAGACCGUCCGCACCGGUAUGGGCCAGACGCACCAAGCCCGUCACUGUCGUGCGCGCACCACCAGCCGGCCUAAUCCAAGGAGCCCGACCCGCCAGACGAUUCGCCGCAGUCCCACCGGCUAAAAGAAACGAAACCCCAAUCAUCGGGGUACGCGUACAGCGAUCCUCUUCAAUGAAUGCGAGGAAGCUGGCCGCACUGAUCGCCGAACCCCCGUCGCUACCAGGGCGAGGCAAAAAGCAGGCCGUACCAAAAGCGCAGCAAGAUCCGAAGAGGGAUCAACUGACGGCGCUAUUCGGAGACGCACUGUCCGAUCUGGAGGACGACAGACCCCCAGUCUCAAUUCCGCCACCGCGCGACAACACCACCGCCACGACCCCGAGGAGGGCCGCCGCAAUUUCUCCGAGCGUCGCAGAGCCAGGUAACCAAGACGCAGACGAAACCAGGCCGAUCUCAAUCAGCAGCGAGAGCACCACGCAGCAGAGGGAGCGGCACGUCAAAGUCACCAGCAGUAGUCAACCAGCCACCGCUACCCCAGCCGCGGCACCAAUCACUGCAACUACAGACGGCAUUGCCACUCCAGCGCAAGGAGGGACCACCACCGCGAACAGAGCCGCCCUUCGCCCGGAUCGACCACCCAUACCCAUCCGAGUGCGCGAUGACCUAACCGUGUACGUCCCGUACUACGCGGCCACAGUUUCGCGAGUGUAUAAGGUCCGUCUCGCCAACCGUCGCUUCACGCUCCGUUUCAGUCGGAAUGGCCAGUACCACUACGUGCGGAAAUUCCCGGCGUAG